UCGUGCUGGCCCUGGCAUCAACAGAUAACAUUUCUGAACGAUCCUUGAUAAUUUACUUAUUCCAGCAAUGGUGAAUCCAGUAGCAGCAGCAGUGGUGGUGGGUCUGAUAGGGUUGACUUAUAAGGCCCUAAGGCCGCCUCGUCCUAAAGUCUGCGGUUCGCCGGGAGGUCGCCCGAUCACAUCACCGAGGGUGAAACUCAGUGACGGCAGACAUGUGGCCUAUCGGGAGGGAGGAGUUCCCAAGGAAGAGGCUAGGUACAAGAUCAUUGUGGUUCACGGAUUUGCCUCGUCCAAAGACUUGAACUUGCCUGUAUCCCAAGAACUCAUAGAUGAACUAGGCAUAUAUUUCCUGUUCUACGAUCGAGCAGGAUAUGGAGAGAGUGAUCCAGACCCAUCUCGUACAGCGAAGAGUGAAGCGUAUGACAUUCAAGAGCUGGCUGACAAAUUGCAAAUAGGGGCUAAAUUUUACGUCCUGGGCUUCUCAAUGGGAGGCUACAUUGUUUGGGGUUGCCUCAGAUACAUACCUCAUAGGUUGUCAGGAGCAUCGCUGGUGGUUCCAUUUGUAAGCUACUGGUGGCCUUCUUUUCCUCAGGAUUUACUGAGAGAAGCCUUCAAGAGGUUACCUCAUAGAGACCGGUGGACAUUUAGGGUAGCUCAUCACGCCCCUUGGUUGUUACAUUGGUGGAUGUCCCAAAAACUGUUCCCUUCACUGAGUUUCCUGUCUGGGAAUAUGUCUGUCUACAGUCCUGACGAUCUGGACUUGUUGAACAGCUUGUCAAAACAACCUAGUAUUGGUGAGGAGAAGAUAACACAACAAGGAGAGCAUGAAUCGUUGCACAGAGAUUUGAUCACUGCACUGGGGAAGUGGGAAUUUAGUCCAAUAGAGAUCAGGAAUCCAUUCCCAGAGAAGGAAGGUUCAGUGCACAUAUGGCAAGGGUAUGAAGAUAGGGUGGUUCCUCACACAGUGAAUCGAUACAUAUCUCAGAAACUUGGAUGGAUUCAGUAUCACGAGAUUGCAGAAGCAGGCCACUUUCUGUUCUUAAGGAACAUUCACUGCGAUGCUGCUGUAAGAGCUCUUCUGCUCUCCUAA